CUUCAGGAUCGAGCCUUAAUCUCAUUCUAAUAAAAAGCUCACGCAUUGACGCGCUGUCAUUAAUGUUGAAUUUAAACAGUUUUUUUUUAUUGCGCGCCGAGGCAUCGCGCUGUGAGGUUGUAUAGGUGUUGAAUAUGUGUGACACGUGCGGUUUAUUGUUAUUUUUAUGGCCGACUUAUUAUGACUGUAUUUUGUGAUGUGCGGUGUAAAGGGUUGUUUUUCUUAUUGACUUAUCAUUAGAACUUGGCCGGUCGAACUGUGUGGUCGUGUUUGUUUUGUUUUAUGAUGGAUUUUUAUCAGGAGUGUUAAGUGAUUUAUUAUUUAGUUUUUUAUCUUUGCUGAUAUUUUGAGUUAUCAUCAAGAUGUUUCUAAGGUUCGAACCCACAAAAUCCACCAAAGGCGCGAGCAAGAUGCGCCGGGACCUCAUCAACGCGGAGAUCUCGAACCUCCGGGAUCUCCUGCCCCUCCCCCCCUCCACCAGGCAGAGGCUGUCACAGCUGCAACUCAUGGCUUUGGUCUGCGUGUACGUUAGGAAGAUGAAUUAUUUCCAGCAAGUGUUCAAAAGUCACGACUUCAGCUAUCAGUAUCAAGAACAACCAACACCCACUCCCAAUAUUGGAUUUUCAAAGGCAAUGAACGGGUUCAUGAUGAUGAUGACACAGAAUGGAAAACUAUUGUACAUAUCGGAAAAUGCGGCAGAAUAUUUAGGACACUCUAUGGAAGACCUCCUUAUCCACGGGGACAGUGUGUACGACAUCAUCGACCGGCAGGACCACCAGACGGUGCAGAUGGAGCUCAACAGAGCUGACAACACCGAGACUGACAACGAACCAAAGAAUAGACAUUUUUUCUGUAGGAUGAACGUCUCUAGGAACGCCAGGAGACAGAUGCGAUUUGGGGACCAGAAAGUGGUGCUAGUCCGAGGGCACUACGUGUCAUACCUGCCGCUGUGCAGCCGCAACGAGCCGGUGUUCCUGGCCGCGUGCACGCCGCUCGCCAUGCCCGAGACGCGCGAGUGCGUCGUGCACGGCGCCACCAACGUCUUCACCACCGUGCACGCCGUCGACAUGAAGAUCCUGCACAUCGACGCCAAUAGCGAAUGGCACCUGGGCUGGGAGAGGAGUUCGCUUCACGGCGUCAGCUGGUACCACCUGCUGCACCCUGACUGCUGUAAGGAGGCGCAGAGCAAGCAUCGACUAAUAACACAAUCCGAGCAAGAGAGGUCGUGCAUAGCGCUGCUCAGGCUACAGCGAAGGUGUGGCCAGUUCCUAUGGGUACACGCGGUAUUGCAGCUUAAGGACAACCUGGAGAACUCACAGCGGCCGGUUAUCGUGUGCACUAACCAGGUGUUGAGUGAGCAAGAAGCAGCAGUCAUGAAAGCCAACCCCUGGCUAUACCACUACUACGCGGUCCAGUCCAAACUCCACUACGGCCUGGCCUACGAAGCAGCUUCAAGGAUGUACGGGCCACCCCCAGGCCCAGACGUCCAGGUCUACCCCCCGACGAUGCAGUACACAACCCCACCCGUCUGCAUCAACGGGAACCAGCCAGUGAUGAUGCCCAACCCAGUACAGCCUCAUAUUCCACAUGUUCCUCCUCACAUAGCUCCGAUGCACUACGCGUAUGAAAGGACCGACAACGGACCAGUGGACUACUCGGUGUCAUUGCAGGAAAACAGGUACCACAAUAUACGGAUAGAGGAUACGAGAAUCCAACCUAAUGCGAAACGGAAAGCGAAAAAUUCCGACGAGAAACCCAUCACCCCAGUUCCCAACAUGUCACCGCGCUGCACUCCUUCCACAGUCACGUCUGGAGACACGUUAGUCGCUGUCCAAGCUGGGUCCAUCACGAGCAGGCGACCAGGGUCCAAGAACUUCAACAUAACAGAAACAGAAAUGGUUGAUCAAUGGAAUCCAAGUCCAACGUGGUCGGAAUCAGCAUUGCAGAAAGUCCCUGACGUCUGUCACCAGGACUUAAGUCCGUACGUGACGACGACGCCUCCAACGCCAUCUGGAACUCCCUCAGCUUACACUCAUAACUGUAGUCACACCUUUGUGUUCGACUGGUCACCAGAGCAAUAUGUUCCUCAUACUAACAAUAGAUGUAACACAGUAACGACAGAAAGUUCCUACCAGCAGACGUGGAAUAGAAGUCAGAGGGCGUACGCCGCUGGAGACAGUUCGGUUGAUGAGAACUGCAAUCCUAAUAGAUUAAGCUUACCAAUGAGGGUCAGUAAUCCACCGCCAGCGUAUAACGCGAAUAGGGAAGCAGACAAUAUUCUUAGGAGACAAAUAGAUCGUCCGCACCCAGAUUCGCCGGACGCCAAAAAACCAGCAUUAUAACUAGCAUAUUAAUAACUUUCUUUGAAUAAUGUAGUUAAUUAUUUGUUACCCUAUAAAUAAUAAAUUUUAUUUUAUAUAGAAAAGCUCUGGAACUCUCCUGUGAUCUUUGUGUUGAUAAGUUUUGUAUAUUAGCUAGAUUGUAUAUUGUCAAAUUGUACAAACUAGGUUCACUGUUAGAUAGGUAAAGCAAUGAAGCGUCACAUUGAAUGUGAUCUACUGCGUAUA